CUCGCGUCUCUUCCUCCGCCGGUCCCGCGCUUAACAACGCCGCCAGCGCCCUGAGAAAGGUCGGUGGAAGAACCGGAAAAGUCAUCUCCUUUGUCGAUUGUAAGACGGCCCUUCCCUUCUGGUUCUCAUCAGAGGUCUCGAAGCAUCCUGACCCCUAAUGGGCGAGAUGAAUUGAUUUGGCCAUGCCCGAUCACAUCUCCUGGCCUCCUUGAUGAGACCCACAAGCCUGCGGUUCUGCUCCGUGGGAGCCGUCAGUCCCUCCUGGCAUUGCUAACCAUUGACGAUGUUUACUUAGCCAUGAUACCCCCUACCGUCUACUACACGCGAGUCGGACUUGAGCUCGGAAAGCUGGUGUUCCGCGGACAGAACAUGACUCCCCCGAACCUGGCUACCUUCCAGUCGUACUUCCAGCCUCUGAUCAAUGCUUUCCGCAACCCCGCCACUCUCAAGAACGCCGACUUCGUCUCUCCCCAGAACAUCCUCGCUCGUGUCCGCAACGCCAACAAGAAGGAGAUCGCUCUGGCGGGUGUCACUCUUGCGGAGGUCAUCGGAUUUUUCACCGUCGGCGAAAUGAUCGGCAGAAUGAACAUUGUCGGCUACCGGGGCCACCCUGAGCACCACGGUGACCACUAGGUCAAUCGCAACCCAAUGAUGUCCUGACCUGUCCUUUCUUCGAUUUCCUUUCCCGCGUGCUGUACUAUUGUAUGAUAGACGAUGGAAUAUAACUGUUGUCUGAGGUAAACCUGAUUUUGGGAGACUCCAUUUCCUAUCUCUUUUGUGUCGAUUCCUGAUAUUCCGCCGUUGUUUCUUUGUUCUAUGGUUGUCCAAAAAUCUUCGUAUAGAUGCCAGUCCGUAUAGUUGUGAGCAAUAGAGAUUCAUGUUCCGUGGAA